UGGAAAAGGCGUGCCAGACCCCGGGGUGCAUCAUGGUUUCAGGUGUCAGUUCACCUGAAGGCUGUCAGAAAAGACUUUUAGUGACGCUGUCGAGGACCGAGUGGCUGCAGAGAGGACAGACCAGUGCAUGAGGAGCGUUUCUCUGCUGCACACCGACGAAGCCUGAAGCCAUCCUGCCAAAUCCCGGGACCAUGUCUGGAGCUUACGACGAGUCCGCCAGCCAGGAGGAGACCACAGACAGCUUCUGGGAGGUUGGGAACUACAAACGUUCAGUGAAGCGGAUUGAUGAUGGUCACCGGCUCUGCAAUGACCUGAUGAACUGCAUCCAGGAGCGUGCCAAAAUCGAGAAAGCCUAUGCACAACAGCUGACCGAGUGGUCCAAGAGAUGGAGGCAGCUGGUAGACAAAGGGCCUCAGUACGGCACCGUGGAGCGAGCAUGGGUGGCAAUGAUGACCGAGGCGGAGAAGGUGAGUGAUCUUCACCAGGACGUGAAAACCCACCUGAUCAAUGAGGACUUUGAGAAGGUGAAGAACUGGCAAAAAGACUCCUACCACAAACAAAUGAUGGGAGGAUUCAAGGAAACCAAAGAGGCGGAGGAGGGCUUCAAAAAGGCUCAGAAGCCCUGGGCCAAAAAGCUGAAAGAGCUUGAGGCUGCCAAGAAAUCCUUCCACAUGGCCUGUAAAGAGGAGAAGCUGGCGUCCAACAGGGAGGCCAACAGUAAGGUAGAGCCCUCUUUGACGGCCGACCAGCAGAAGAAACUCCAUGAGAAGGUGGACAAGUGCAAACAGGACUCACAGAAGGCUAAGGAGAAGUACGAGAAGGCUCUGGACGAGCUGACUAAGUGCACGCCUCAGUACAUGGAAAGCAUGGAGCAGGUGUUCGAUCAGUGCCAGGAUUUUGAAGAGAAGAGGCUGAGCUUCCUCAGGGAGGUGCUGCUGGAUGUCAAACGCCACCUCAACCUCACUGAAGACCAAAGUUAUGCUGCAGUGUACAUAGAUCUUGAACGCACCAUCACGACAGCCAGCGCACAGGAAGAUCUGAAGUGGUUCAGCAGCACUCACGGCCCUGGCAUGCAUAUGAGCUGGCCACAGUUUGAGGAAUACAACCCAGACCUCACCCAUAAGAUCUCAAGCAGAGAAAAGACAAAGAAAAACAGUGAUGGAGUCUUGCUGACUAACGUAACAACAGCAGUCGAUCACGCUCAGGCUGUAGACAGAGGAAGCGUGAGCAGCUACGAGAAGAACCAGGCAUACACAGGCUCCACAGAGUGGUCAGAUGAGGACCAGACGGCCCCGAACUCAGCAGGGGACACCAACGGAGGGGCGAACCCCUUCGACGAUGACGAGGGCAAAGGUGUCAGAGUGAAAGCUCUGUACGACUACGAUGGUCAGGAGCAGGACGAGCUCAGCUUCAAAGCAGGGGACGAACUGACAAAGCUGGAGGACGAGGAUGAACAGGGCUGGUGUAAAGGUCGCCUAGACAACGGUAAGCUGGGUCUUUACCCGGCCAAUUACGUGGAGCAGAUUUAACUGAACCAGAUGAGUUCGCUUUUCUCAUGAGAGGGAAACCCAGACUGAACCGUCCAGUCACAUUACUGCACAUUGCCAGAGACUUGAAAGCAAAGCUCCCUCUUGUCAGGCACAGUGAGCGCUCUUCAUAUCAGCACUCAUCACAGAGACACCAGACUUUACAGAAACAAGAUCUGUUCAGGACCACAUCAUCUACAAACACUGAAACUGAAGCUAAAUAUUUAAGUCUGUUAGUGUGUAGCUGUUUUUGGUUUCACAUGUGACGCUAACAUGCCAUUCAGUAUGUUCUCUCACUACAUUAUUGGCAUGGUAUCAUCAGUUGUGCCUGGAUAGCCGGAGUGAGCUAUGCAUUGUGCAUUUCAUGUAUAUAUUUUAUCUUCUUAAUUUUUUUUUUACAGUCUGGAUACUUGUACAGUUUUUUUCCCUCAAGUACAGUGUUGUCUUUUCUUUGUGAAAUAUUUACAUGUUUAGCAUCACAGGAACGGUCUGACAUUUUGGGUUAAUGUGCUUAUUCACUUUUGAUAUGAAGGCAAAAGAGUUUUAUUUUACAGUUAGGGGACUGAUUUGAACAUCUGUAAUAUGAACAGUUAAUAUGAAGCUACAGCUAGGACAAGGUUAGCAAAAGAAAAGGUGAACCAUCCUAGCUGUGUCUGAAGCUAACACAGUCCAAAAAGUAGAUCUAUUUUUAUGUCCAGAGUAAGAAUUGAGAUAAUCCUCCUGAGAGGUGCUGAAACAGACGACUAUCCACCAAUUUUAUUAAUCCCAACACAUUGCAGCAUGAAACUAUAACAGCUAAACCAAAACAUCAGACUUUUAUGCUAAGCUACACUAACCAGCUGCUAGCUGUGGCCUCAUGUAAGUGUAAAAACGUAAAAAAAAAAAAAGCUCUCAGUAGGAAAGUGGAUCAGCAUGCUUCCUAUAAUGUUGAACAUCGUCUACAUUUAUUCUUGUAGUUUUUCUGCUUCGCUUCACGGCGUGUCCAUGAACAACCUGUGUCACAGCAGUGUGUGAAAUUACCACAAAAUUACAAUCCAUAUGUUCGAGUAAGAGGACAAUUUUUCACAUCGAUUGGCAAAAAUGUAAAACUACUCUGAUCCAAGACGAAAAAUAAUGGGUGCCUGCAACAAAAAAGCCUUUAUGAAGUCAGCAGGCUAAAUAUUAAAAAGAAAGACAAAGACCUCUGGGUUUGCAAAGGUCAAAGUUUAAGUGAGUUUUUUGCUGGUUAAGAAAGAAACUUAAAUUAAUUCUGAUUCCACUUUAUGGCCUACAAAAACAAAUUAGACCAUCAGCAUUAACAUUGAUUAUUUCUAAUAGUUGUUUUUAAUGACAGAAAACUUUUGCUGAGGGGGGAGGUGUCAGACAAAGUGUUUAACUGCAUAGGGUCGGGUUUUUUCAUUUUCCUAAGAUUCCUAAUGAGGGAAACAUUUGACUGACUACUCAAAUGAAUGUACACAAAUCUAUAGGUUCUGAUUUUGUGUCUAUUCUGCGAAAUGCCCUGAGAUCAGGUUCUGAUAUUUGAGCAUUUUAAAACAAGACCUCCGCAGAGCUUCUCUGUGAAAUGGAAAUGUGAACUCAACCAAAACGGUUUUAAGGUUGUUUACAUUCACCUCCACUGUCCAAACCUGCCUCUAACAAGGUGCCUGUUAUAUGUAUUAUCUGUCAAGUUUCUCAUUCUGUUUUCGUCUUUUUGUUGCAGACUGUGUGCAGACGCCAUGAACAAAACCUGCCUUUGUGUAGAGAUAAGCUUCAUUUCACAACCAUUGAUUCAUUCAUAUAACUUUUUAGUAACCUUUCUGCUGUUAAUGAGACUUGCUUACUUCAAGUGAAUACCAGUGACUUGGCAUAAUCAGCUGCCAGCUCUUUCUGUGAUUUUGUGCGUGCUGAUGCUCCGAUCUGAACUGAUCAAGUGCAUGCCCUAAAUUUAUCCCACCAAACUACUGACAGUUUCUUUAUCAGACUUUAAAAAAAAAACGUAUCAUAUUUAUUUGUACUAUGUAACAUUGACACCCAUGAUUGGUCUAUUUUACUGUGUACCAGGCUGUAUUUAAUAUCAGCUGAAUCUUCUUUUUUCUAAUCAAAAAAGCUAAAGAAUGCAUGUAGCAGUACAGUUUAUGUUAAAUGAGAUUGGUUUGUUACUCCUGACAACCGUUGGUGAAAACAACACCCUUUGUUGACGAGGAAGCUGGGUGUUCUCUUACUGACGCAGACAGAAAGCUGCAACGAGUGCUGCACAAGAAAGCAGAAAGAGGAUCCGUCUCUGAAAUAUUGAUGAGACUGCUGCCUUUUUCUUCUGCGAGAACAGAAGCCGAUUUGUCAACUCCAGAAGGGAAAUGUCACUUGUACUGUUUAUGCUUCUGUAUGCUUUUUUAAAAACUGUUGCUCCUUGUACACACUGGAUACAGAAGGGUGACAUGAAUAUUGCCUUAUAAAAUCUAUCACCCUGCCGCUCUAAAGACUCUCGAAAUUGAACUAAGAGAGAGCACACUUCCACAGAGACCGCCAUGGCACCAUCAUCUCAGUUAACACUGAAACGACACAUUUGCUCCCUUUAAAUGAAGGGCACAUACAUUUAAAGACUCGACAGUCUUAUAAUAUAAAGUGUAUUUAAGGCAGAAAUGGAACCGUUUCAAAAGUGUCAUGUGAAAGUGUAAAGGUACAACCACUGUGAAAACUCCUGUCAUACACUGAAGGACGGUGAAUCAUAUGGAAGAAAAAAAGAAAAAUCUGAAAAGCUCUUUUUAAAAAAAAAAUUUUUGGCCUGUUGCUCCUGCUGGAAACGUUGAGCUACAAUGUUGAGGAAAACUAUGUGGAAGACUCGAGGGCUUUCUCUCUUUUCUUUUUAGCAUAGAGCUGUACUUUCAAAACUGUAGUGCCUGUUCAUCUGAAUAAGCAAAAAUAAAAGAUGUCAUCAGAAAACCUUGGUGUGCAUAUGCGACUCUGA